AUGCUGCUGGCGGACAAGGGCGACCUGGACGGCGCGGAGGCGCUGUUCCGCGAGGCGCUGGAGGGGAGACGGGAGACGCUCGGCGACCGGCACCCGGACACGCUCACCUCGAUCGGCAACCUCGGCUCGCUGCUGGCGGACAAGGGCGACCUGGACGGCGCGGAGGCGCUGUCUCGCGAGGACCUGGCGGCGAGGCGAGAGACGCUCGGCGACCGGCACCCGAGCACGCUCUCCUCGAUCUAUAACCUCGGCUCGCUGCUGCAAAAGCAGGACAGGCUCGGGGACGCCAUCCCUCUCUUCCGGGAGGAGCUGGAGGGGUGCGAUGCGCGGUACGGGAAGGGGCAUGAAGAGACGCAGAGCUCGGCCCGCAACCUUGUCGAGGUGCUGACGGAGGCGGGGCGACAGCGCGAGGCUGACGAGAUCGCUGCCACGUAUAGCGUCUGUGGGGCGGCCAGGCAGGCGGCGAGCGACCAUGUAAUCUCCCGGGAUACACAAAGCGAGGUAGGUAGGUAG